AUGAGGAGUUUGGAAACCAGCCAGACGAGGUCAAACUGUGUUUGGCGGCGAAAUAUGGAAGCCACUGUCAGCAGAUGGCUGCACUGGUCCCCGAAUGGGUGGAACCUAUCCAUGGUUAAACCUGCGUGUGCCUAUCCACAAUUCGUCCAAAACAAUCUUCAGAAUGGUCAAGAUCUAUACGCUGACCGUGAGGGAUUCGGAUUUGGCAUUGUCUGUAACCAGAACCCAUCAGUCCAAACGAUGCAGUCUACUCCGCCUGGCCUGUACUCCAUGCCUGCUCCGGGUCCGGCUGGUAUGGUAGGCAAUUCGGGCACACAGCAUUUCCAAGCUGCAUCCGCAUUUUCCACCCAAACCUAUUCCCAAAUGCCCCCGUUCUCCACUCAGAUGCCUGCAGAAGUGAUGUCACAGGGGGCACUGGCACCAUCAUUCCAGACUCAGCAGCCCACUUUCCAAACGGUUAUCACUCCAAGUGGUGAGAAACUCAUCUCCUCAAAUCUUCCGCCUGGUUAUGCUCGCGGUUCCAAUUUGAACGGACCAAUAAAUCAGCCAACCUCGGUGCCAUCUAGCUACGGACCAAUAGUUGGCGGACCGGGUAGUGCUUCUAACUCCGUACCACAGCAACGACUGCCGGCUGGGACGACCCUGGCCCCUGUAGGAAAUGGCCGAAAUCUGUCACAAUCCCCAAUGACUGUUCGACCUGGUUGUACCCGGCCAGCCUCGGGGAUUGCGGAUUCCAAUGGGUUCGCGAACCAAUCCAUGUAUACGCCUUAUCCGCCCGGUAGUAAUGCGAACAAUGGAGUCAAUGUGCAAGUCCCAUACACAAUUUCCAUUUCGAACACGGCUAUUCCUUCUACUGUCUCACCGGGUGGAAACAAGUCCAACAUGCCUCCUAUGGCUCCUUAUCACUCUACUCAGCCUCUUAUGCCUCAAAGUGCUUGUGCCGGUACUGGUCAUAUGGGACGAUCUCCCUGUUGUCCACCUGGAGCCCCAACAAUGCCGCAGGGAACUGCUGGGUACUCAGCACAGCAACCGAGGCCACCAAUUUGUUCGUCGGCAUAUAACUAUCAGGUUCAGCACUAUGCCUCUUCCGCAUCCUUUCGUGCGGGAUCAUGCACACUGUCUGGGACGCAGCCACCUUCCCUGGUUCAGCGGCCAUUACAAUCUCCGUCGCCGCAGGUUAGCAAAGAAUCUCCUGGCCUCAGUGGUGUGCAGGUUCACCCCUCGAUAGCUCAACAAUCCGCACAGCUGCAAUCAUCCCAAUUGUCUGUGUGCCCAUCAACCCCAUCAGACUCCUCGAAUCCUUGCUCAUCCUACCCGUCUACCGUGAACUGCAAAGGUCAUGGACUCCCAACUCCUAGAUCCGGUAGCACCGGACCGUCGGGAUCAAUGUUCAACAAUGUCACCGGAUGUGGUUUGCCAUCCAAUAUGGUUGGGCCCCACACCUCUAUCACUCCACCUGGGAGCAUUGUCUUGAACGGUCCAGGUCCGCCACUGGGGCAGUCAACCGUACUGGGUGGCUGUCUGCCCAUCGGAUGUGAAAGUGACGUGAAGCUCUCAUCUGGCGUACCGGAUGGCUGCUAUUUGCAAUCGCGGCCCAUGUCUUCUGGGCCCCGGGAUCCAAGCAUCUCCACACUUACUCCCAACGGACCUAUGGGAUCAUGUUCCGAUCUGCUCAUGUCGUCGACGUUUCCAAUGUCAAACAACUUGAACGCCUCAAAUUUAGUGUAUGCUCCCAACCAACAGCAGAUCCCCAUCCUUCCUGGGGACUUUGAUGCUAUGAAUUCCAACCCAUCCCCAAUGAUGAUGAUGACAAUGAACUCUUCAUCCCCUGUACCUGGAGGACCUCUCAUGAACGGCGCUGCACUUCCCACAGGGGUUAUGAACAUCGCCAUGGCGAAUUCCGCUCCGGCUCCGCCCCCUUAUCAUCAGACGGCUCCGACUAGCAACUGUCGAUCGUUGGGUUCUUCUAUUUUCUUUGGUACCUCUGCGAUGCCAUCAGUUACUGGAGCCACAUCAAUACAUUCGAAUGGGGUCACUGUCCUAUCUGAUGGUAGUGCGGGAAUGACUGCGGACAGGCAUUUUAUGAGCAUACCUGGAGAUAAUACUAUUGUCACAACCGGGAGCAAGCAACAACCAUCGGGUACCACUAAGACUGCCCGACCUAAACGCACCCGAUCAAAUAAGACCGCACCGGGAGCCGGACGCAGCAAGGCGAGUGCGAAGAAGGCCAAUGCCGCCACAGCUUCAGCUAUCUCCAGACCUCCAUUACCUGGACCCAAUUCGGAUCCUUUUGCAAUGAAUAUUCGCAUGCCAACACAACAGCAACCUUUGCGACAGAAACUUUCCACCUGGAACAUGUGUCCUGCAAGCAUGACGGCGAAUUUCCCUUCAGGUAUGACCUCUCCACCACUGUCGUUACCAAUCGGUGCCGACGGUCGUACCGGAUGCAUCUCUCCCGCUUCCUUCUCCUCUCCAUCCGGUGGCGUGGUGAUGCGACCCAGUUCAGGGCCUCCGGUGAAUUCUAUGUUUGCCGGAAUGCCUCACGCCCCAUUGUCCUCGGGUCCGGUUGAUUCUACUAUUCGCUCAACUGCUUCUCCUCGUCAAUACCCUGCAGGUCAGGGUGUUCCCGUGCAGCAACAGCAACACUAUGCUGCUCCAGCCAAUCCUGGUUCGACUCCUCCCACUGGUCCACUGUAUUUCUCAAAUCAACCGAACCAUCCUUCUCAGACUGCUAAUCUCGCGACCUCCGCUUGUACUACUGCAGCUGCACAACAGCAAAUGCAGUCACAACUAACCAACUACCCACCAACCACCCGCAUCUCAUCCUCGCUGCAUUUUCAGUCACAGUCAGCAUCGGGACCCCAGCAGUUACCAGCAGCUUCCAACCGUAUGCCCACACAUCCACCGAACAACUCAGCCGGUAGAGGCUUCACAGGUCAGCAACACGGGUCUGAACCGAUUUCCACGGACAAGCUCUCCGCACCGCCUUACUCGAGCCCCGGUCCUAAUGCAACCGCACCUGGUGUGGUUCCUUCCGUCAGUUUACCGGGA